AUGCGGUCAAUUCUGUUAAUAUCUAGCUUUGCUACGGCCUUGAACGCUGCUUCUCUACAUCCCAAAUCAGAUUUCAAAUAUCUCGUCACAUUUGGAGACAGUUAUACUGACAAUGGACGACUCAACUAUUACGGAUCUCAUCAAGCCCAUGGACCGCCACCAGGAGUGUUGCCAGCUGAGACUAACGUCACUGCCAGCGGAGGCUUGACGUGGCCGCAAUAUGUUAGAGGCAGCACGGGUGCAACUUUAUAUGAUUAUGCCAUCUCUGGUGCCACAUGUGAUAACAACAAUGUGGCAAGAUGGGCAGCAUUUAUGAAUGCUAAUUUUCCAUCAAUUAUUACCGAUGAAAUCCCAUCUUUUAAGAAUGAUCGCAAGACGGCUUUAUACCGUGGUGUAACUGCGGCAAACGCUGUUUAUGCGCUGUGGAUAGGCACAAAUGACUUGAGUUACACUGGCAUCCUCAGCGACUCACAAGUGGCUGGAACAAAUAUUACGACGUACAUCGACUGUCUUUGGUCUACUUUUGACGCAAUAUACGAAAGCGGUGGCCGGCGCUUUGUUAUCCUCAAUUUAAACGCUCUUCAACUUGUAGGGCUCUACCGUCCCCAAUCGGAUGGAGGCGCAGGAGACAAUCAGUUCUGGCAAAACAAGACACUGUACAACCAGACAGAGUAUGCCCAGAAGAUGCUCGAAUACACUACAUCAGCAAACACAAUAAUCGAUUACGGGGUCCCAUUUAAUUUGCUGGUCAAAAAUCGCUGGCCUGGUGCCAAGAUUGCAAUUUUCGACAUACACAGCUUCAUUACCGAGAUCUAUAACAAGCCAAAGAACUUUUUGGAGCCACCAUACAAUGUCAAGGGAUUUUUCCAUCAUUGCGACGUAAAUGGUGCGAAUUGCCAGGACGGCCCGGGCUCCCUCGAUUCCUAUCUCUGGUACGAUGAGCUACACCCUUCAAACAAAACAGAUUCUCUUAUAGCGCAUGAGUUUAUUAAAGUCGUUUCUGGAGAUUCCAAGUUUGGUACAUAUUGGGGUCAUUGA